AUGGGUGAAGAAAAGCUUGUCGCGCUCCAGUUGAUGAGAAAGUUCUUGGCGUUUGAAAAUUCUAAUGAGCCGUUGCAAAUAAAAUCGGUAGUGGUAAAAGAAGGGCUGAAAGGCAUAAUUUACAUCGAAGCUUUCAAACAAUCCCAUGUGGCCAACGCUAUAAAUGGUGUAUCAGCGCUGAAUCAGUUCAACGUUACGGUAUGA